AUGGCGGAUUUCACGCCGGAAGAGCAGUUUUCGCUGCUCAGUCAACAGCUCCUACUGCUGAACCAAAUUCCUGCACAAGAUGAUCCUAUCAAUCCUUUGGAAGCAGCUAUGGGCGGCCGUCAGAGCCCAAAAGAGAUUGUCAGCACUCCAAUGCCGCCACACAGUCUCCGCAGUGAAGGUAGGGGAACCUUAGCGGAUGCUUCAGUGUCCAAGGGAGGUUUAUUGAGUGAAACCGCUCCAGUGAAUUCUCAGGCACUUCCUUCAUUGGUAUCGCAAGACGCAACAAGUGCUUCCAAGACUCAGCGGCUGCAAUUUAUGCAAAUGGCUUUAAUAGAGCAUCAACACCAACUGCUGCGUCAACAACAGCAUCUACAGCAGCAGCAGCGGCUGCUCCUCCAGAAGUCUCAGGAACGCAAUGUUGCACCGCACAGCUUGGCUCAGCUUUUUGUCGACCUUCGUGAAGCCCGCCAACAUCGGAAUUUGCAGACGCAGCAGCGUUGUGACCAAGAUGUGCCGUCUCGGAAAUCUGAAGGACGCGUACUAAGUACAGGCUCGCGUCACAUUUUCAGCCAGGCGUCUGGUGUUGGGGCUGAAGUUCACGUACCGAAGCAUCACGGCUUUUUCGAGAGUUCGUUUGGUACGGGUGUGCAGGUUGAAGGGAAGCCUUCGGGACAUGCGCGAGAAGCAGACCCGCCUUUGAAGCCCCGCCAUGUAGAAGAACAGUCAUUACAACAGAAAGGGGAGCGGCCAUCGAGGGUAGCUGGACAGGGAUUGUCCGACAGGAGGAGAAUGCUCCGCAGCGCUGGACUCCUUGACACCCGCACUGUGCUAAGCUGUACGCUCAGCGCUCUCCGCUUCGGCAGCAAGAAUUUUACAGCGCAUUCAAGUGAGAAAAACGACGACAGCUCUUUCGGAGGAUCCAACGACAACAGCGUGCGAAUGGCGAGCAAAGAUAGAUCCAAAAGUGACUAUAAGACUACGUGUUACGAAGGAGUUCAUUCUGCACUAGGUGCGUCUCCUUGGGAAUCUGCGAGCCUUCCGUAUGGGCCAGCUGGAGGGAGGGUGGUGCAGGUUCACGAGGAGCCCUUACCCCUCUCUGUUCUUUGCGCCAAUGUUUCUCCCUCAUCUUUGUGGAAGCACUGCCUGCGGGUAACUCUUCAUGCGAGGCGGUGUGCUAUCCGGACACGCCGAUAUUGGAAGGCCGUGAUACCACUGUUCCCUAGGCGCAGUACAUAUUCAGUAGCAGCUGUAUUGUCAGAUGAUGAUCUUCAGAAGUAUACCAGCAUUGGGCCUCGUAGUGCUCCAUUGCGUGACAGCAGAGUUGCUCUUGAUAGUUGGGUCCCGCCUAAAGAGCCGUUUUGUGACCCCGGGCUUUAUUGUGUUACUGAAGAGGGCGGUGCAGUUCUUGCAGCCUGGGCUGUUGCUGUUGAUAGCCGCGGGCGUCUGCGGCGCUGUGCAGCACCAGUUUACACUGUUGCGAAGGGGCCGGCUGAGGAAGAAGCUUCCACCAAAAGAAAGCGGUCGACACUUCAGGAGAACGUGCCUGGGUAUUCCGCGGCAGAGAAUGCUUGGGGAGUGUUUCUAGGGGAUUCGGCACACGUUGGAUCUGAAGCGUUAUUGACUUUGGAAAAGUGGUAUCUACAGGUGGCAAAUGAGCCUUUAACAGAGCAACAUAUUAGGAGUUUUACACUGGCGGAGUACGCGUCCGUGUUUAGCGAUUAUGCAGAGUCGCUAGUGAACGCUUUGCAAAGACUUGUCGAGAUGCGACAUGGGUCGUCUUGUGUAAACAAAGUUGCUGAAAGCUGUGGGUGCGACUGUGAUAUAUGCGGUGGCCAGCCAUGCCGUGUGAGAUUAGCCUGGAGGCAGCAUAUGAUGGCUUUCGAGGUCGCUGUGGACAAAACUGCUGCGGAAGUGUCUCGUUCAGAUUCUUCUGGAGAGGAGUCAGUUGGUCAGGGAACGCAUGGAAGUGCGCGGAGCCGUCCAGUCGAUGCGUCUCGGCACAACAAAGGUGGCUGGGAGUGGUGCCGCAAGUGCCAGUUUGGGUGCCGCAUGCAAUUUCGCUUGAUUCUUCACGAGCUGUAUCAGCCAAUGUCUUUGACGAAGUCAGGAUUGCGCAGCGCGCUUUCCCAGUUGUUGAUGAGGUUGCGGCGGUAUGUAACAUUGUCUUCUCUUGCCGUCAAAUUCCUUAUGCAGCGCAUACGAGAAAUACAGCUUUUGCCCGUCCGCGAUGAUGGAACACGGGCUUCCCCUGUUGAAGCAAGUGAACGGGAGGAGGAGGGUGAGAAUUUGCAUUGUUACGAUUGGGCCACUCGGGACUGGGCCCAAGCAUGCUGGCAGCGGAGGCAACGUAGUAAUAAAGGUGACAUUGCCGACUCCGUGGUCACCAGCAGCGAUCUCAACAGGAGCGUUGCAAGGCUUUCUAUGCUAUCAGCGUCGCUGAUGGAGCCUCUUGCAUCCGCUGUUACGGGCGGCAAGGAGCCAGCUCCUCCUGCCGAUGACCGGGAGUUGUGCACUGGCGCGCUUUGGUUAACGGAAGUGGAGAAACCAAUGGUGAAGACUGGCAUCGCAGUUGAAGAAUUGCAGUCGCUGGCUGGGGAUGCAUCACGACAACAUUGCACCACUUCAUUAGCUGGUCCCGAAGCUCGUUUAUCACGAACCCCUGCAGCAUCAGAUCUUAUGAGCCUUCAUGAUUACCAGGAUGAAGGAGCCCGGAGCCCUCACUUUAGCUAUCCUGUUUCGAUCGCGUCAUCUCAAGUUCCUUCUGCUUGCAGUACUCCUCCACGGCAGUCCAGCCGUCCCCGGCUAGGUCGGUUGUUUGCCUUGCCGCGAAGUGUGCAAACGCAGCAACCAGGGGGUGAUGGGGCUCCUGGAUGUAUGCCAUCGGGACCUUCACAGGAAUGUGAACUCCACAUUCACUGUGAUGGGACAGGAAAGAUGUCAAGAGGCCGAGUCACUGAGAGAGAUGAAUUGUCCCGUCCAGGCAACGAGGCAGAUCGUUUCGGAGGAGACGGAUUGGAUUCUUCUCCUAGAAGACUUCGUCGUAUGCAGAGGGGUCGUUUAACUGCAGAGGGCCACCAGACAACAUCGGGGCGCCGUGUGGAAAUACCUCGACGACUUGUGCCGCUAGUGCCGUGGUGGUGGGAAGACUACAUAAAGACUGGGGCAGCUCAGAAUGCACAAAAUACGCGCUCGAAGAAAGGAAGAGGCGGGGAGGGCGCUUCUGACAGUUCGUCAGUAAAUUCGACAAUUUCACUGGAAGCGGCACCUCAUCUCUUCCGGAUUCCUUGCGAAAGACUAUCGGCCCCGUCGCAGCCGGAGGUGAAGCCACGCCCUUGGCAGGAUAGUGAAUCGACUACAGGGGCUAUGCUGGCACGGUUUUCUGAGGCUGUUGACAGCGGGAGUCGAGUGGAGGCACGAACUGGGUCGCAAGAGGGGAGUGGGUUGCCAGGAGGUCACAGUUUAGAUCUUUCUGUUGACUUAAUUCAUGCAGCUGCUGAGCUUGUCGACAGCAUACAGAGCUGGCCAGUUGAAUUUAGUGCUAACUCGAGUAGCGCCCUUCAUAAGCCGUCUCGAAGCCGCGGCUUCGUGUCUUCCGAAGGGGGUGAUGGACCAGUUGCGGAGUCUUCUAUGCCAGGUUCUGAAGCAACAGCCGCGUUUACACCAGCAGGUAGAAAGGCGAAACACAUGAAGGGCAAUGAAGCAAUCACAUCACAAGUGCUGGAGCCCAGCAGCAGUGGGGGCAUGUUGACGUUCGUUUCGUCAGUUUUAGCUGCACCCACGGACAGUGAUGUAGGUAGUCUCCGCGGAUUUGAGUUGUUGCAAGGUGCGGUGCACGUUUUGUUCGGCUCCAGAAGCCUUUCAUCAGGGUUGCUGCAGAAGGAUUUGGAGUUCCCAUGUGAAACUUCUUCCGACCUUGCAGACCCUUGUCAAGGCUGUGACCGUUUUGGGCAUUUUGCCGUUCCAGGAGGUCCUAAGGCUGCGAGCAGUGACUCUGUGGUGGAGUUAGACAAGCGUGGUGUUACCGAGCCCGCAUCAGAGUUUGCUGAGGGCAGCGGGCGUGUCCCGCCGCUGGAUAUCAAUGCUAGCACUCCACUACUGCGCUCUCUUGCGGCAUCAUCAGCGCCCGCCGUCGAUAGCACUCAUGACCAGCUGCUGGUGGAUGAUUUUUACGUGCGGCCGUUGCUGAAAGGGCCCUUGCCGCACAGGGAUGCUUGUGAUCCUUUCGAAAGAGAUUAUACGGACGUCCAGAUAAGAUUGAAACCGUUAAGAGCGUUUGGGCUAUGGCAAGAACGCCACGGUCGUCACAGGCGCCGCUCAUGGAGGCACUCUCCCCAGAGUGCUGGAAGCUCACCACGUGGUAAUUCCCCAGCCCCACUUCGUUCGCAGGGAACAACUGGACUUAGUUUGAAAAAGCCACUUCAAGGAAACACAAGAGGAAGGGGUUUGGGAGCAAUAGGAGAACGGACGGGAACUGUUCGGAUUGGAGGUAGACGUGUGGUUGUUAGGACAGUUGAUGACGGGUCUGGAUGGGCAUCUCGGGAACCAAGUGCGGGAGUCCUCUCUGACUUCUCUGUUUCCCGCUGCAGCAUGUCAGUAGACUCGAGCCUGUCCAGCAGAGGAGUAAGCGUUUGUAGCAGGGCCACAAGUAAUGCAGGGUCAGUUUCAGAUGCUUCUGUUCAAGGCGGUGGUACCCCACAGAGUCCCAGUGCCCAUGAAGGUGCACCACGGCAUAGGAGAGGAAGAAGCCGGCCCCCUCCUGGUGGGCGAGGUUCCGGUGGUGGUAAUUCUUCCGCGCCCACAGGUGUUUAUCUUGAUGUUGCACGAAAACUUUGGAGAUGCCAGUGGAGAGAGAACGGCCGCUUCAAGACAAAGAGCUUCCCCCUCAAUCAGUACAAAACACUGAAAGAAGCGCGACGGGCUUGUGUUGUGUUCCGAUGCCUAAUGGGGGGUUGGGAGGUACAGCCAGCAUGGCUCGGCGAUGAUGAAGAGGCAGAUAUUGACACGUCAGGACAGCCGGAAAGCUUUAAAGAUUCCACAACAGGCGACACUGGAAGUGGUGGUGCUAACCCAGCAGCCGUUGCUCCUUAA